AGUCCUUCAUCGUCCUACCUCUCGCUUCAUCAAUAUUUGCUGCAAUUAUUGCAUGCGUUCAUCUCUAUUUAUCUAAUUUAUGUAAAUUAUAGUCAAAUGAGGCCUCUAAACUGGUCAUAUCUGGCCCGAUUCGCCGUCUGAUCAGCCUCAACACUAUCGCAUACUCUCCACAAUCCACACUUUCCCCCCCACUCCGCUUUACACAGCGUUCGUUAUGACGGAUGAGGCGAGUCGGCCUCUGUUGGGCGAGCAUCACGACAAUAAUGCUUCUCCCUAUCAAGCGUCGUCUACAAAUCAACAGCGUCGCUCCUUUGAAGUGUCUUCGGAGUCAACCCCACUUCUCCAUCGCCGCGAUGAUGAUAUAUCGGCGUACGGUGGUAUAGAGUCAUCGCGGGCUUCCUCUGCUGCGUCCGGGUCUGUUUCAUUAGAUGACUACCCCAAAAAACCGCGAAAUAAAGCUUGGUGGACGGUAUUAUGCGGCCUCCUUGCUGUCGGUUCCGUCAUUGUCAUCCUCAUUCUGGCCUUCUUUGUUCCCGAGGUAGUAAAGCAAUACGUCAAGGAAGCAGCCAUAUUUAGACCGACAAACCUAUCAGUCGUGUCGGCCACAAGCGAAGGUGUCAGGGCAAGGGUACAAGGGGAUAUUGUCCUCGAUGCUGAUCGAGUCAAAAGUGAAUCGGCGAGAAAUAUUGGGCGUUUCGUCACCUGGAUUGGGAAAGAGGUCGAAACCGGCCAGUCUGAAGUAAUUGUACGCUUACCGGAAUACGAAAAUGCCCUUGUUGGAUCUGCAUCCUUGCCUUCCAUCAAGGUUAGCAUUCGCAACGGCCAUGUGAAUCACCUUGACUUCGAAGCCGAUUUGAUUGCUGGCGACAUUGAGGGCUUGCGCUCCGUCGCCGUCGACUGGCUGGAAGGGAGACUGGACCGUCUAUUACUUCAUGGAAGUGUCAUUCUCCAUAUCAAAUCAGGCCUGCUGAGCCUGGGAGAGCAGACUCUAGAUGACACCGUAGUGUUUGAAGGAGAUGACUUCCCGUCUUUACCGGCUGUUGAUAUCACGAAUCUCAACGUACACGACGUAGACUCGCCCGAUGACCACGGUGCAAUGGCAGUUGAUGUUUCGGUCUCUGCUUCACUGGGUUCUCCGUUCGCCCUGCGCAUUCCACCACUUGGCUUCAAGGCCAUGGUUGCCAACUGCUCGCCACGUGAUCCUUAUAUCUCCGUGGCAGACGUCGUAACACAGGAGAUUGCAAUCAUCCCUGAUCGAAGCAUCGAGGUCGAGGUUUUUGGUAUCAUCCGAGGCCUUUCCGAUGAGCUUACAGCGAACUGUCCCGGUGAAAAGAGGUCGCCUCUCGAUACUCUUCUCACGAGCUACAUCCAUGGUUCUCAAACCAUUAUUUACGUUCGCGGAGCGGACGUGCCAUCCUUGGGCGCUCCAAGAUGGAUGACCGACAUCCUUAAAACGGUGACGGUACCGCUGUCAUUUACAGGACACGCUCUGGAUAACCUUGUCAAGAAUUUCACCAUGACCAAUGUUCACUUCACGCUCCCAAACCCUAUGGCAGAGCCGGAUACUCCUGAAUCUCGACCUACAGUUUCUGCUCUGGUGAAAGUGCUGAUUAGCGUACCGGAACAGGUGAAAUUCGAUCUAAAUAUUCCGCGGAUCCGAGCUAAAGCCGAUGUCUUCUAUCACGCGAAGAAAUUAGGAUUCCUCGAUUUGAAGGAAUGGCAGCCUGCAAACUCGACACUCAUUGGGAACCCCGACAAUACGACGGCGUUGCAAGUGGAAUUUCCCAUGGAUAAAGCACCGCUCGAAGUGACUGAUGAGGAUGUUUUGACCGACGUACUUUCAAGCUUGAUUUUUGAAGGGAAACCCGUGGGACUUACCGUUGCCGCAAAUGUGGAUGCAGAAAUAUCUACGGUCCUUGGGAAGUUUGCCGUCCGCGGUAUACCAGCUGACGGCAAAUUGACUGUAAAGCCGCCUUUCAGCGGUUCACAUGGCCUCGCACCACAAGUCGAAUCUCUCGAACUGGGGUCUACGACGGAGACCUCGCUUCUUGUGGAAACUAUACUGAAUUUCACGAAUCCGACUCAGUACUCAGCAUUGGUGCCAUUGCUCGACCUACUCUUGGUCUACAAUGACACCAAGGUUGGCCAUCUGACGGCGAGAGAUGUUACUAUAGAACCAGGUACAAAUACCGGUGUUAAUGUGAAUAUGCAAUGGAGUCCUCUCGAUCUCGGCGGACCGUCGGCUGUUCUUGCUGGUCAAGACCUGAUUUCGCGGUUUGUCUCAGGCAAGCUCAUCUUGACUCAGGCAGCCACUAAGCAACCUCCACUGACUCAUGUUCCAGGCUUGAAUACUUCAGUAACGAUAAAGACGCACGAAGGAACUAUCCCAGCUUUACCGAGGCUUGGACAGGCUCUGUCUAGGGUAGGCUUCGAAGUACAAAUCCCUAACUUAUCUCAUAGUGGAGGUCCCGACAAGGAUCCAGACCAACCUGGCCAGGACAACGGCCACCAGAACUUCAUACAGGACGCUACGCUGCACCUCUGGUCAUCAACAGCCGAGUUCGCGCUUUCCUCGCCUCUAAACCAUACAAUCCUGGAAGUCACUUCAAUAGAAGCACAGGCUUUCUAUGAACAUGACCACGAAGUCGGCGCCAUCAACUAUUAUACUCCUUUCUCAAUCCUUCCCGGCCUCUCCCAUUCGCCGCGGCUUCCUGUUGACCUUAAUCUGGGUGGAAUCGGCUACGAUGCUGUUAAGAGGGCUGUUGGUGGUACACUUGACUUGGAUACUAUGGCGAAAGUUGGCGUUCGGAUUGAGAAUUAUAUUAAUACAGUGAAUUACUGUGGGAAAGGGAUUAAGGCGAAGGUUAAGCUGUGA